UGCCACCUCCCCCGCAGUCGCUGCCAGCCCCCGCCGCGGCAGUUUUCUCCCCUCAGGGCCCGAGCGCCGCUGAGCCAGGAAGGACCCCGCCGUUGCCAGGCGACCCAGCCCUGCCAGGUGACCAAGGAGUUGCCUGUCUAGAAAACGAGCCUGCUCUGCGGGCAGAAACAGAGCGUCCAGGUGUGGCUGCGUCUCGGCUCCAAGCGGGUAAGAGACAAGGAGCCUCGAGAAGGAAACAUAGCCCUAAAUUCACCUCCUGCAUGAUAGGCAAAGGGCCCUCUCGCCUGGUGACCAAGCUCCAGGUCCCUUGAGGGGACUCUCCCGGCAACGAGUCACUAGAGAAACAAUAAUCAGGCGGUAAAUGAAAAUGUUGAUUUGACGGCGCACAGCAUCUUGUUUCUUAGAGGAAUUUAAAGAACUUCACAAGCACUAACCUCCUGAUUGAGUGUAUUUUGCAUUUCUGCAAUAAACCAAGCCAUGAGGGAUGGAGUUGUCACCUCACAUUAGUCGGUAUCCCUAACUUUCAGGUCGCUCGGCUUCGCACCCCCCUGUCCGUGCGCCACAGCUAGCGCCCUGCCGCCCGGUAUCGCUGCUGUGAUCACUUAUCGUGUGCUUGUUUGAGUCUUUCUGAGCCCCGGAAGGGGAGGCGACGACAGGACUCGGCGGGGCAGCUACGUGGGGUCCUCGCGCGUCCCACGUGGGCUGGAGUCGGAGCUGGAGCCGCAGUCCCAAGUCCUGGGCGGUGUGGACGACUGGAGUCCAGCCGACGUCUCCCCGCGUAUCACUAGUUCCUCCUGCCUCCCGACGGCCAUGGCAGCCACCGACGAUUUGCUCCUCAACGUUUUCGAGGCCCAGGCCGCCGCCCCCAAGACGUUCUUUAGACCCCUCCGAGCCCAGGCAAAGCGGCAAGCCAGGGCUACCAAAAGAAAAUACCACGUGCCCAGUGAGGCUCCCCCAGUGAAACGGAGGAGCGAAACACCAUUUUUCCCAGGCAAGAACACUGGUAUUACAGAAACUCAGAGGACUUUUAAGGGGAAGGCACAAAAAACAUUUUCUCCGAAGAAGUACUCGGCUGGCACCAGUAAUGUAAACCAGGAGGAGAAACCGUGCGUUAAGACGUCAUCAUUGUUUAAAAACAACCCUGAAAUUCCAGAACUCCACAGACCUGCAGUAAAGCAGGUGCAGGAGAAAGUGUUUACCUCAGAUGCUUUUCAUGAACUGGACCUCCACCCACAUCUAAUUGCCACAAUAAAUACAGUCUUAAAAAUGUCUAGUAUGACCAGUGUUCAGAAGCAAAGUAUUCCUGCAUUGCUGGAAGGCAGAGACGCUCUUGUGAGAUCCCAGACGGGUUCAGGUAAGACUCUUGCCUACUGCAUCCCUGUGGUCCAGUCCCUUCAAGCAAUGAAAUCAAAAAUACAGCGCAGUGACGGCCCCUAUGCUCUUGUACUAGUGCCAACGAGAGAGUUGGCUCUACAAAGCUUUGACACUGUCCAGAAACUGCUUAAGCCAUUUACCUGGAUUGUGCCUGGAGUGUUAAUGGGUGGAGAGAAGAGGAAAUCUGAAAAGGCCAGACUCCGCAAAGGAAUAAAUAUCCUUAUCUCAACUCCUGGACGUCUGGUGGAUCAUAUAAGAUCCACAAAGAACAUUCAUUUUAGUCGGAUACGGUGGCUGAUUUUAGAUGAAGCAGACAGAAUCUUGGAUUUGGGUUUUGAAAAGGACAUCACAGUGAUACUCAAUGCUGUAAAUGCAGAAUGCCAGAAACGACAGAACGUCUUGCUAUCGGCAACACUCACAGAAGGUGUAACGUGGCUGGCGGAUAUCAGUUUGCAUGAUCCAGUCAGUAUUUCUGUACUGGACGAAAGCCAUGACCAGUGUAACCCAAAGGACAAAGCAGCCCGUGAAGUCUCUCAGCCACGAACUAGUGACAAGCUGGACAGCUUUGCAAUACCAGAGAGUCUUGAUCAGCACGUGACAUUGGUUCCCAGCAAACUGAGGCUUGUCUGCCUAGCAGCCUUCAUCCUUCAGAAAUGCAAGUUUGAAAAAGACCAGAAGCUGAUUGUCUUUUUCUCAAGUUGUGAGCUGGUGGAGUUCCACUACACCCUCUUCCUCCAGACCCUGCAGAGCAGCUCCGGGGCCCCAGCAGCAGUGCACUUACCAUCUGCCUCCGUGCGAUUAAAAUUCCUGCGGCUGCAUGGCGACAUGGAACAGGAGGAGAGAACAGCAGUAUUUCAGGAAUUCUCGCAUUCCAAAUCGGGCGUCCUUCUUUGCACGGACGUUGCAGCUCGGGGCUUAGAUCUCCCUCAAGUCACUUGGAUUGUUCAGUACAACGCUCCAUCUUCACCUGCAGAAUACAUCCACCGGAUUGGAAGAACCGCCCGGAUUGGCUGCCAUGGGAGCAGCUUGCUCAUUUUGGCUCCAUCGGAGGCAGAAUAUGUCAACUCGUUGGCUUCUCACAAAAUCAAUAUUUCUGAGAUUAAGAUGGAAGAUAUUUUGUCUGUUUUGACGAGGGAUGAUUGUUUCAAAGGAAGGCGAUGCGGAAGCCAGAAAUCCCGUGCCAUUGGCCCCCAGGAAAUCCGAGAGCGAGCCACGGUCUUGCAGACAGUAUUUGAAGAUUACGUGCACUCCAGUGAAAGGAGGGUCUCCUGGGCAAAGAAAGCUCUGCAGUCCUUCAUCCGAGCCUAUGCAACCUACCCCAGGGAGCUGAAGCACAUCUUCCAUGUCCGAUCACUCCAUCUUGGACAUAUGGCUAAGAGCUUUGGGCUAAGAGAUGCUCCCACAAAUCUUAGUGUCUCAGCUCUCAAGAAGAGGAAAGCAAACCUGAAAAGGCCUGACCUUCAUAGGAAGACCCAGAGGAAACACCGCCUUGCUGAAAUCUUGCGUUCUGAAUACUCAAGUGGGGUGGAGGCUGCCGUCGCCAAGGUCAAAAAGCAAAACAAACAUGGAAAACCCGGCAGCCAGCCACUGCAGAGCAGCUGCAGCGUGCACCCAGCCUUUGUCGUGGGAAAAAAAUAAAAAACUUUCUCCAUGAAAUGAUGGAAAAACUCGAAAAGGCAGAGCUCACUGAGGGAGAGCAAGACUUGCCUGAAAGUUUUUUACACUCUGUCUCUACAGGAGUGGCUCCUGGGGGCCUGGGUGGCACUGGAUUGGUGUCCUGUUCUUAUUUGUCAAAGGAGCCCUGUGAAAAACAACUGCAAUACCUUUCACUGAAUACUCUGUCCCUCAGACCAUUGUAGAAGCCACAGCCCUUAUCUUUGGAGGUGGAGGGGGUGAUCCUGAUAGAAAUUAGUAGGGGUGGGGGUCAGCACAGUCUGAAUUAACCAGUUAAUGUAUAUGUUAUAUAAGAUAUACCUUAUGUUUAUUCCAUCAGUGCCAGGCAUUUGACUCCACCCAGGUGCCGGCUUGUCAUAGAUCACGUUGAGCCCUCAGGACUUACAUGUAAAAGCCUAACGUACUCUGCGACAGCCUGUAAGGGAUUUUAUUCCUGCCUUGUAACAAUGUCCUAGAGAAGUUUCAUGGUUUUCCUUUAGCACUAUCAGUGUAUAUAAUUGGCAUGAAUUUUGUAAAGUAAGGUUUUAAAAAUUGGAAUUGAACUUGUAUGAAAAGAGAAAAAUAUAUUUAUCAAAUAAACAUUGUCUUUAUGUACAAAUGCUUUGUUAAGAAAAGAACCAAGAGUUUUUUACACAAGUCGGAAAUCCUACAGUGUUUUCAGUCACGUGAGCCCUCUUAUUUUCUGUAAGUACAUUGCUAUAAACAUCAUGUCCCAUUUCCAUGCAUCGCUUCCUCUUUAAUGCCCAGUGAAAUUUAUUCUCUCAGGACUAAUUGAUUUACUGUUGCCUUUUUAUUAUUUGCCUUUGAAGUUAAAAGGCACCAGUGCCCUGAGUUGCCCCCCCCCCCCAUCCAAUCUCAUCUUCUAGAAAGGUCUGGGGGUCUUUGUAUUGUGACCCAGGUCACAACUGCCCCCCUCCCCAUUAUGUUUCCUGGGAUGUUUGAAAGAGGACCCCUGGGGUGUAUUGAUUUCCCAAUAAAUGUAAGAUUUGGACACGGGCAACUCCAGAGGCAUCUUAAAGAGAAAGGGUUAAAAGCCUCAGCCCCUCUGCUUAGGACUUCCUCUUCUCUUCAUUCUUUUUCUCCUUCCUCUGUCACCCUUUGCGAUCCUGUGACAGUCAGUUGGGUCAGCACUUCAGCAGAAACUCCAGAUCCAACUGAACCAAAUGGCGAGGAGAGGAUGGGGAGACUGGCACGUUUGGCUUUUCCAUGGCGACCAAGGAGGGUGACCAAGGAGGGCUCAGCAUCCCUGCCUCUAUUCCCUCUCUGGUCACAGGUAUGCACACUCAGGCAGACUCCAGGCAAAUGUCAGCUCAAAGCACACUAGGAAGGACUCGGGUGAGGGCACCUAUAAGCCUGCAAAGAAUUGAUCUGCAUGGAGAAAAACAGACCUUUUUGGAGUUGGUUGUCACAUACGAAUUAAUAGGGACAGUUGGUGAAAUUGGUAACAAUAAAAACAAUCUGCAGCACAUGUCAAACUGACUGGGCAGAUCUGCCAACUUUCUUUUGAUGCGUAAUGGUUCCCAUGAUUUGGAUGAGAAAAGGAGGGAUCAAACUUAUGGACAAAACCCAGCUGUGUGGGAAACAGGAUUAAUGCCAGUGAUUUGGG